AUGGCCACUCAUCGCGCCCUGAUCUACCCAGCGCAGGGUGGAACACCCAAACUCGAGAACCUGCCGACCCCAACACCCGGCCCAGAUGAAGUUGUCAUCUCCGUCAAAGCAGUGGCCCUGAACGGGCUUGACAACUAUAUGCUCGCGCUUGGUGCGUUCGUCGGCCAGUGGCCCGCGGUCGCCGGUUCAGAUGUCGCCGGGGUAAUCGAGAGCGUGGGAUCAUCGGUCCCAGAGACCCACAAACCAGGAGGGCGCGUCCUCGCCCUGACUGAGGCAUUUACUAAGCUUGCGCAAACGCCUUACGGAGGUUUCCAGGAGAAGAUCCUUGUGCACGUCAGCAAGGUCACGCCGAUCCCUGACUCUUUGGGCUUCGCUGAUGCUUCCAUCGUUCCCACCUCUUUGUGGACGACUUGGCUCGCUAUGCGCAUCAUCGGGAUCCAGCCCGAGACCAAGUACACUUCUUCGGACAAGAAAGGCUUCCUUGUCUGGGGUGCAUCAAGCAGCAUCGGCAGUGGAGGGGUGCAGGUCGCGCGUUCCCUCGGCUACGAAGUAUAUGCGUCCGCGUCACCACAGCACCACGAGUACCUGAAGUCGUUGGGCGCAAGUGUUGUCGUUGACCACCAUGAUCCAGCCGCAGCGGUAGAAUCACUCGUCUCCGCCGCGAAAAGCCAUGGUGUCACGAUCACGGAGGCGUACCACGCCAUCGGCGACUUGAAGCCCGUGCUGGACGUCGUAGCAGGCUUUGGAGGCGGCAAGGUCGCGAGCGCCAUUCCACCCAAUGAGAACACCCCGCAGGUCGAAAGUGUGCAAUGGUCAUUCAUCGUUCCUCCGCAGGGUGAAGCGGCUUUGAGGGAGUAUGAUGCAUUCAUUUUCAAUCGCUGGCUUCCCAAGGCGUUACUGGAUGGGACUUAUAAGCCCUCGCCCAAGACGAAAGUUGUUGGGAAGGGGUUGGGGGCCCUCAAUGAGGCCUUGCGCGUUUUGCAGAAGGGUGUGAGUGGGGAGAAGCUCGUUGUUGAGUAUUAA